AGACGCAGGAUACACUCUCACUGCUGCACAGCUGAGUGUGUGCACGAGAAAGAAGAAACCUCUCUCAAGGAUUACAAUCAGGAAACAAUUUCCUGGAGUUAUCGGUUUUUAUAAAUUGGAUUAAGAAAGACAUCUGGAACCCCAGAGAUGUGUGGGUGGGGAGCGGUCCUGAAUGGGUGAUUAAGUACUCAAGGAUGACUGGAUAAAAGCUUCCAGCAGCGGACGAUCCUCCUGAGGUGUCUGCUUGACGCGCUGCAGGUGUGAACUUUAUGUCCUUUCGAGGCCAUGGAGGACUGGGAGCAAACCUGGUGACACAUCUCUCAGAUUUCACUCCGAUCUCUGGGGCACCUGCUCAUCACUGAAAUUGCUUUCCAUCCUUCCCAAGUUUCUGACUUCAAAAGCGCGGGCCGAUCUUCCACAGGGGCAUAGUUUGCCUGUAUUCAAAACACAUUGGAGAAGCUUGUAAUUAUGCCCUCACUCUCAUUAUCUCUGUUUCUUCUGCUGCACGACUGAGAGGUGAGGGAGAAGUGGAUCAGAGAGCGGGGAGGGUUUUUUUUUUCCCUUUAAGAUUAGAGAAGGUAGAAAGAGGGAGAGAGAGGAAGGCAAAAAGGGGGGGAGGGAGAAAUAAACAGAGGCAGUUUAAGGCGGUAAACACGUCCCCGUCCAGAGGCAGCUCUCCUCUAAACACAUCAGGCAUAAAUCAGCAUCCGUCUGAGACAGGAGGACGAACUGGAGCGAGUAGAAAACACUGUGGUUGUCAGUCUGGAAACACUGGAGAGAAGAUAAAGUCGAGAAAUUAUUUGUGAGAUUAAAAAAGUUGGAGAAGGAACCGCAGACAUGGACUCAGACGUCUCCCACGGCUUCUCUUGUCUUUGCAGCAACAUGAAACAGCAGCACAUGAGGAGGAGCAACGGCGGUGGCGUCUUCCAGACUGGAUCCACCUCCAGACCCCACCGGCCUCCGCUCCACCCCAGGACCCUGCUCCUGCUGCCCCUGCUGCUGCUGCUCUGUCUCUCCCUGUGGAGCCAGCAGGCCGAGGCCCUGGUCCACUCCAGCUUCAGGCGGCUCAGCGGCCGCGAGAAGAAAGAGAUGCAGAAGGAGAUCUUGUCCAUCCUGGGUCUGCCGGGGAGACCCAGACCCCACCCGCCGCUGAGACCGCCCUCCUCCGCGCCCCUCUUCAUGCUGGACCUGUACCACGCCAUGUCGGUCGACGGGGAGGACGAAGGGAAUGAGAUUAUUGUAAAUGGACCCGGGAUGGGGAAGUUUGGAGGGGCAGAGAGGCUGGCUCAGGUCAGCCACGCGGUCCUGCCGACCCUCAGCACGCACACGCCGCCGCUGGGCACGGUGGUCAGCGAGGCCGACACGGUGAUGAGCUUCGUCAACCUGGUGGAGCAGGAGCGUGACCUCCUGCAGCCUCGUCCGUACUGGAAGGAGUUUCGUUUCGACCUGACUCCGCUCCCUCAGGGUGAGACGGUGACGGCGGCAGAGUUUCGUAUCUAUAAGACGCUGACGAUGGGCCAGAGGGCCAACCGGACACUGCACAUCUCCGUCUACGAGAUCCAGCGAGAGAGCAGACACAGAGAGCCAGAGCUGGUGCUGCUGGACAUGCAGUCUGUGCCUGCAGGACAGGAGGGCUGGCUGGCCUUCGACGUCACCUCGGCCUCCAACCACUGGCUGCUCCACCCCCGCAGCAACCUGGGCAUCCGCCUGUACGUGGAGACGGAGGAGGACCGCUCCCUGUCUGCAGGCUGGAUCGGGCUGGUGGGCCGCAGGGGCCCCCGCUCCAAACAGCCCUUCAUGGUGACCUUCUUCAGGGAGAGUCAGGUCCCAUGUCGGCCGCCGCGAGCCGUCAAGCCACAUCCCCGCAGGAAGAAACCCAAAUACGACCUGCCAGUCCCCAGCAUCCACAAUCGGAGUCCUGCUAACAGCGGAGGUCAGCCCUGCAAAAAACACGAACUCUACGUCAGCUUCAGUGACCUGGGAUGGAAGGACUGGGUUUUGGCGCCCACUGGAUAUUCAGCUUAUUACUGUGACGGCGAGUGUUUUUAUCCUCUGGGCUCCUGCAUGAACGCCACCAACCACGCCCUCAUCCAGCAAGUGGUCCACCUGCUGAAGCCUGACGAGGUCCCUAAGGCGUGCUGCGCCCCCACCAAGCUCAGCCCCAUCUCUGUCCUCUUCUACGACGACAACAACAACGUCAUCCUCAAAAAGCACCGGAACAUGGUGGUGAAGACCUGCGGCUGUCUAUGAGAUUUGGAAAUGUUCCACACAGAUGCUGAAAAUAGUCCAAAACCUAAUAAAAUGUACACAGAUUUUUUUUCUCCCCUCAUAUGUGGACUCAGUGAUUUAAAUUGGGUUUUUUUCUAAUUCCAAAUCAGACCCUUUGCUUUAACAUUUUCUUUCAAAAUUUCACUAUUUUCUGGGUAAUCGAUAUUUGUUUAUGUUGAAUUGUCAGCUGGGCCUUUGCACUUGAAUGCCUCACUUAAUUAGUUCAGAUUUAGUUUUCAUAGAAGGGUUUAUUUGGGAAUUUGGAGCAGAACCUACAGUUAAUGAUGCCUGUUGUAUUUUAGCAAGAAAGAAAAUUAAGUGACAGCACUACUUUUGUUGCAACACAGUCUGAUACAAAGACGAAAUGUAAAAUCAUAUUGAAUUAAUAAAAUAAAUAUUCACAUUC